AUGGCCCGGCAAGUGCUUGGUUUCUUAGAUGCUGGAAUGCACCCAGCGCAGGCCUUUCAGGCGAGGGCCACAUGGCCUGAAUCGGCGGACAAGUUCUUGUUGGUGUUCGAGUCUCUUGUGUUCGGCUAUCAGUAUGACGACCAGUUCUGCUCCGUGAUUCGCAAUCGCAAAGCGGCUGAUGAUGUGCUCAGCUUGCCGGAGACCAGGAAGUUUAUGGAUGCCGUGAAGGUGGCAUACGACAAAGAAUGUGGCGUGGAGGCGGACGCCGCGGUGGAGCUUCCUGAGGAGCAGGUCACUGCUGCGGCAAUUGCGGAUCUGGAGAGCUUGUGUAUGUCCUCAGCCGAAGCUUUCCUUGCCGAACACCCUGACCACUCGCGCGCUGCAACUGUGAGCAGCGGCGUGGCAGCUGCCCAAAGGAAGGUUCACGGGCAGGUCUCCCUCUUGAUCGACAAGGAGGAGGGCUUGGGGAAGGAGAUUGCUGCAACUCUGGCGUCUCAGGUGCGAAGGGACGUGAAGUCUUACGUCGUCAUUGUGCUGGACUGCAAAAGUCUCUGUGAAGCCGGAAGCCAGGCUCGCUAUCGACUACCUCCUACACGCCCUGCUCAGCUGCAGCGCCUGUGCAAGGCCUUCCUGGAGGCCAGAGCGGGCACAAUGCUGGAAGGAGAUGUCUUCGUAUGCUUGGAUGCUGGGAAGGACUCGGUCGAGCCAGCAUUGUUAAAGGCGUUGGGCAUGCAGAAGGGGGCCGACGUGCUCCGCCACAUGGUAAUCUACUCCCAGGAGUCGUGCGAAGCCAGGUUGGAACGAACAUCCAAAGCUGCCUUGGACCUUACAGAACGAGCCCUGCUUAUCUCGACGGAGGGCAUAAGCUUCAAGGUUCAGGCCAGGAAAUUCGUUCCUGGCACAACACGGGGCAAUGUGAUCGGGCCGCUGUCCAAAACGUGCUGGAAUGAUCCCUUGCUUACAUGGACACUCUGCUAUAAGCAGAAAAAGGCCGUGUAUUCGGCCGCGAACCUCCCAUUGCCAGGUGGCUCCUGCGAUGCCGAACAUGCCAAAGAUCCACCCGUCAAGAACGACGACCGCGUGCCGGUCUUUUUUCACGAAUCGACGCCGCUCGUGGCCCACGAGUUGCUGCAUGCGCUUCAGGGGAAGGCCAUUCUGGACUUCAGUCCGGGCAGUGGCGCGUGGGCGAUGGCAGCGAUCAGAGCGCGCGUGCCUUAUACAGGCGUAGCCAUGACUGAGACGCGCAAGGCUCUCUUGACAAAGCGGCUGGUCUCCCUGACCUUAGAGGCAAUGGUGGACAGCAAUGAUGACUUGUAUGAGGCAGCCUAUGCAAGCGAGCUGCAGCAGGCCAGGGCUGCAGUGGGCGCAGGGGUGCCAGUGAUCCAGGCUGGCGCUUCUGCGCCCGCUCCUCAACCGGCACCUCCCUCGAGGCCGACUCCUGCUCCGACUCCCACUCCGGCUCCGAGCUCGUCUGCUGACGAGGAUGGGAAUGCACCUACUAAUACUCGUGAAGAACUGAUGAAGAGGCUCAUGGGCCAAUAA